AUUCGCUAUUGUAAUAUACUUCCCUAGUCUGGAAUUUUAACUCCCACAUAUUCCAGCAAACAAGAUCCAGGCAGCAAAGGACGAGGACGUUGUUUUCUGUUCUUUCGUACUUGCCUUCACUUGAUAUUUUCCCAGACGCCUGCGUUAUUAAACAUUUCCGGAGAAUGGAAUUUCAGAACACCACCGAAGCGGGCCCGGCCCAGCCUUCGACGGGAGGAGAUGACGCUUUGGCCGGCAUCCAAUCUUCCCUCAACUCGCUUCAGGUCAACGCUGAUACCUUCUUUCUCAUCGUAAUGGCGUGUCUUAUUUUCUUUAUGCAGUGCGGCUUUGCAUUCUUGGAGGCUGGUUCAGUUCGCAGUAAAAACACGACCAACAUUCUCAUCAAGAAUGUCCUGGACGUUUGUAUUGGCGCCUGUGCAUACUGGGCGGUUGGGUACGCCUUCGCGUUCGGUCCGGGCAACGCCUUCCUGGGACACCGGUAUUUCUUCUUCGAGAGCAUGCCGCCAAGCCUGUACUCUCACUGGUUCUUUCAUUUCGUGUUCGCUGCCACGGCGACUACCAUCGUGUCUGGGGCAAUGGCCGAGAGGACAGAGUUUGGGGCGUAUCUCAUCUACAGCUGCUUCAUCACCGGUGUGGUUUAUCCCAUCGUAAGUCACUGGGCGUGGUCAGGAGAAGGCUGGCUGGCUGCAGGACCAGGAAUCGAGGGCGUUGCUUACCAGGACUUCGCCGGUAGCGGCGUGGUCCACAUGGUUGGAGGAAUGGCCGCGUUGAUGGGCGCUGCAAUCGUUGGUCCCCGUCUGGGGCGCUUCGACAAAAAGGGGAACCCAACUACUAUCCCGGGCCACACUGUGCCGUUUGCAGCUUUGGGCGGGUUUAUCCUCUUCUUCGGUUUCUUUGCCUUCAAUGGCGGCUCUCAAGCAAGCAUCUCUCAGCCAGGUGAUGGGGAGGUUGUCGCCAUCUCCAUAGUUAACACAAUCAUCAGCGGGGGUCACGCGGCUCUGGUUGCCAUGGUGAUCAAGAAGCUUGGGUUCAAUGGGCAGUGGAGCCUGCUGAUCACUAUCAACGGAGCACUGACAGGAAUGGUGGCCAUUUGUGCUGGUUGCAAUGCUCUGGCACCGUGGGGCGCCGCCAUCGUCGGUAUUGUGUCAGGUGCUGUCUAUGUCUUUUGGAGUUGGCUGGUGUGCAAGCUGAAGAUCGAUGACCCAUUGGAUGCCGUGGCAGUUCACCUUGGUGGCGGAUUGUGGGGUGUGUUCUCUGUUCCACUUCUCAGCUUCGAAACCGGCGUGGUCUUCACUUGGAGCCAAGUUGCAUUCACUAGUUUUGGUUGGAACAUCUUAGGUGCGGUAGCCAUCAUGUUCUGGACGGGAAUUCUGACGGCCGUCUUGUUUGGACUGAUGAGGCUAUUUGGCAUUCUCCGCGUAUCGCCAGAGAUUGAGGAGAAAGGACUCGAUAUUGCUAAACACGGUGAACCUGCCUACCCACUGUCCAGCUACGGACACGGCUGGUCGAGCGAGGCUAACCUUAUUGAAGUCAAAGUUGACGGAGAUGGAAGCACAGCUGAGAGUCUAAAUUCAAGUUUCGUGAAAGACGGCUGCCAUGGCGUUCUGCCCGCUCAAGUUAUUCACGCCUCGCUCUCGGAGCAAGAAUCGGUAGAAAAUGGCGUCGCAACGGUAGCAGAGGAAGCAAACAUUUAAAUCACUAUAAACUAAUUUGGCUUGCCGUAGAACUCAGCCCAAUGAAGGAAUCAUCAAUAAUUCAGCACAUAUUUCAGCCAUCACUCCAAAUUAGAAUUACAACAAGUAAAAAUGUCUCGAGUCAAAUUGUCCUUCUGAUAAAACUCGAUUCUCUUUUAUCUGAAACUUUAUUACCGAGUAAAUCUAUUUUACGUUUAGAGUUUCACGUGCCGUUCGUUUAUUUGUACUUGAAUAAACAAUGUUUUCUUAGUGAAACACUUUACAUCUCCCUUUCUUAUUGUAAAAAAUAGAUACAUUAAUAAGGCUUCAUGUUCAUGCUGAACGCAAAAACCUAUAGGGCCUACUAGCUUUAUAGUCACAUUUGUGAAACAUAUGUUUCGCUCCAUUUUCCUAUUAGCGGCAUUCACUUAAAACAAAGUCAUCUUGUCUUAAUAUAUAUUCAUAUUUAAAAGUUCUGCUUAACGGACUGUUUAAUUGAUUAUACAAACCGUACUCGCUUACUUUCUUUUGUAAAUAGUGCGAUACCUUCCUAUUUUUUGUUGGUAAGUUUGAAGCAAUGUCUGUACACAUGCGGGAAAUUCGAUUUUUUUUUAUUUGAUAUAAUAAUGCACAUGUCCUGCUCUAUGACCGGUUAAUGUUUUGUGUUCUAUUGUAAACCUUUGUUUUGAAACGGUCUGGAAGUAUAAUUUCUCAGUAUCAUGGGCGAAAUGUGACCUGGCUUUGACUGGUUGCAUAAUUGUUGGCCGAUCUGUUACUUGUUAGACAUGUUCAAAAUGUUUAGUUUAACUAUUUAGUACAACUUUUUUUUAAAGUUGCAUUUUUUUUUACUAAAUUGUUUUGAUUAGAUUUUAAGAGAAUGUUGCAAUUUUAUUGUAUGUAUUGCAAUUUAUUUAAAGGGUGUUUGCCUAAUAUUCCA